AUUCAUAUUUCACCAACAAAUAUAUAUAUAAAUAUAUAUAUACAUAUAUUUUAUUUCAGCUGGUAAUUAGUGUGACCCUCAGGAAAACCUGUAAUUACAGAUGCUAGGGGUAUCAGCAGAAGUGAUGGCCGCCGCCGGCGACGGCGACGGAGACGGCGGAGGCGGUGGCAGCAGCAGCGCUGAAAUUGGUGGCCCUAGCUCCGGUCCCGGCGGCGGCGGCGGGAGAGGAAAUCGGUGGCCGAGGGACGAAACAUUGGCUUUGAUCAAAAUUAGGUCUGAAAUGGAUUCUGCUUUUAGAGACUCGACUCUUAAAGGCCCAUUGUGGGAAGAAGUUUCCAGGAAAUUAUCGAGUUUGGGAUUCCAAAGAAGUGCAAAGAAAUGCAAGGAGAAAUUCGAGAACGUUUACAAAUACCACAAGCGAACCAAAGGCGGCCGCGUCGCCAAAUCCGACGGCAAAACCUACCGAUUUUUCGAUCAAUUGGCGGCGCUGGAGAACCCGCCGCCGCCGCACUCCGCCGCGGCUGAUGCUACUGUUUCAUCAAUUAGUCCAACUCCUUUGAGUGUAAUCCACCCCAACACCACCACCGCCACCGCCGCCGCCGCAGCCACCGCUGCGAUUCCGCCGGAGAUACUACAAUCAGAUUCAAACUCCUCCUCCUCCUCCUCCUCGACGUCUUCCGACGAGGACAUUCAGCGGCGGCGCAAGCGGCGGAAAUGGGCGGACUACAUCGGGCGGUUCAUCAAGGAGGCGGCGGAGAAACAGGAGGCGCUGCACCGGAAGUUUCUAGAAACCCUGGAAAACCGGGAGCGCGAUCGGACGGUCAGGGAAGAAGCGCGGCGCGCGCAGGAGACGGCCAGGAUUAAUCGGGAGCACGAGCUCCUGGUCCGGGACCGAUCCAUCGCUGCCGCCAAAGACGCCGCCCUGAUUUCCUUCCUACAAAAGGCCACCGCCGCCGCCGAUCCGCCACCGCCACCGCCGCCGCCGCCGCCGCAGCAGCAAAAACCGGUUCCAGAACCUUCCAAAACCGACAAUGGCGACAACAACAACAACCAUUCAUCAUUACCCUCUACAUCGACUCCGGCAUCGUCAAGAUGGCCGAAAGCGGAGGUCCAGGCCCUGAUAGACCUCCGGAAGAGCCUGGAUCUAAAAUACCAGUCGGACCAGGGUGCAAAGGGCCCGUUGUGGGAGGAGAUGUCGGCAGCCAUGGCCAAACUUGGGUACACCAGGAGUGCCAAGAGGUGCAAAGAGAAGUGGGAAAACAUCAACAAAUACUACAAAAAGGUGAAGGAGGCCAACAAGAAGAGGUCCCAAGACUCCAAGACCUGCCCCUACUUCCACCAGCUGGAGGCCCUGUACAACCAGCGGGCCGGGCUUUCUCCAAUUACCCCUUCGGCCCAGCCCGAGCAGCCAUGGCCGCACCAGCAGCAGCAGAUAAGAAAUGAGGAGGAAGAAGAAGAAGUAGAAGAAGAAGAUGGUGGGGAAUUCGAAUUAAUUCCAAACAAGGAAGCAUCCAUGGCAGAAUAAUUAAUAAAUUGGAUUGGCAGAGGAGAAGAAUAUGGAGAGGAGACAUGGAAUGAUCAUAAUCGAUGUUCAAGAAUAGGUAGAGCUGUUUGUUUGUUGUACUAUAAUUUAAUUUAUCUAAGUUUUUUCUUUUUUCCCCAAACAUUAUGAUUUAUUUAUUAAUUGGUUUGGAAAAUAAAAAAUAAAGGGGUGUAUUUUUAUUUAGUUCCUGAAUAUUUACUAUGUAUUUAUUUAGAAAAUAAAUAAUUUUUUAUAAAUAUUUAUAUAUUGUUUUGUAUCGUAUCAUUUUGUAGUGAAACCGUUGUAAAAUAUUUAUUUUGAUUAAUGUAGGGAAAAUUAUAAAAUAUUAUUUUAUAAAAUUAUAUAGGACAAUUGGGUGUAAUAAAAGCAAGGGGCGUUAGAUCCAAUGAAAUGAAAUUAAAAAAGGGUUUAUGUA